CGCCACCACCAGCCUCAGUGCGAACAACACACAUACUAGCUCGCUCGUCUUAAGCUCUAGCCUGCAGCCAGCCAGCUGCAACACAAGCACGCAUAUCUACAGAGAGUGAGAAGGUUCAGAGAUAGAGAUGGCAGCAAGCGAUGCUGAUGCCCCGUUGAGCUUCCCGGUGAUCAGCAUGGAGAAGCUGGAGACCGAGGAGAGGGGCGCGGCCAUGGAGGUUAUCCGCGACGCCUGCGAGAAUUGGGGCUUCUUCGAGCUGCUGAACCAUGGCAUCUCGCACGAGCUGAUGGACGAGGUGGAGCGGGUGACCAAGGCGCACUACGCAGAGUGCCGGGAGCACAAGUUCCAGGAGUUCGCGGCGCGGACGCUGGAGGCCGGCGAGAAGGGCGCCGACGUGAAGGACGUGGACUGGGAGAGCACCUUCUUCGUCCGCCACCUCCCGGCCUCCAACCUCGCCGACCUCCCUGACCUCGACGACCACUACAGGCGAGUGAUGAAGGAGUUCGCGACGGAGAUCGAGAAGCUAGCAGAGCGUCUCCUGGACAUCCUCUGCGAGAACCUGGGCCUGGAGCAAGGCUACCUGAAGAAGGCCUUCGCCGGGUCCGGGGGCCUCCCGACGUUCGGGACCAAGGUGAGCAGCUACCCGCCGUGCCCGCGGCCCGACCUGGUGGACGGGCUGCGGGCGCACACGGACGCCGGUGGCGUGAUCCUGCUGUUCCAGGACGACCAGGUCAGCGGGCUGCAGCUGCUCAAGGACGGCCGCUGGGUGGACGUGCCGCCGAUGCGGCACGCCGUGGUGGUCAACGUCGGGGACCAGCUCGAGGUGAUCACCAACGGGAGGUACAAGAGCGUCAUGCACCGGGUUCGCACCCGUGCCGACGGGAACCGCAUGUCGAUCGCCUCGUUCUAUAACCCCGGCGCUGAUGCCGUGAUUUUCCCGGCCAAGGAGCUCGUUGCGGGGAAGGAGAAGAAGGAGGGUGUGAAGGAGGAGGAGGUGUACCCGAGGUUCGUGUUCGAGGACUAUAUGGACUUGUAUGUUCGCCACAAGUUCGAGGCCAAGGAGCCGAGGUUCCAGGCCAUGAAGUCCUCGGCCGCCGUCGUCGUCGACGCGCCCAUUGCCACCGCGUGAACGGUACUGAAGUGCAGCAGUAGUAAGUGAAUUGUGGUUUGUGCAUGUGUAUCCUGCUGGGAAAAAAAAGGUAUUGUACGUUGUGUACGGCAGAUAAAACCCUGUUGUGUGUGUGGUGUCACUGGUGUGUUGUGCGUGUGUGUAUAGUAAUGUAAUGUUGUAGCAAUCGUGCCCUGAAUUUGUGUGUGGCAGGAGUCGUGUAAUCGAGCUCGUGGUCGUGCAACGUGCAAAUACGUUUGUCGCGUGCAUCAGAUCAGAUCAGUGUCUGCCUGUAUAUACCUGUAUGGCCAUGAACCGGGCCGCGCCUUA